AAAAACCCCUUUCUCUUCCCCUUUCUGCAUAUCUCGAUCCUUCGUUUCCUCGACUGUAGCAAUGGCACCAAAGGCAGCAGCCGCAAAGAAACCAGUGGCGGAGAAAGCUCCGGCGGAGAAGAAGCCGAAAGCCGAGAAGAAGCUCCCAAAGGACGCAUCUGCGGCGGGAGCGGACAAAAAGAAGAAGAAGCACAAGAAGUCGGUGGAGACUUACAAGAUCUACAUCUUCAAGGUUUUGAAGCAGGUUCAUCCUGACAUCGGGAUCUCUAGCAAGGCGAUGGGGAUCAUGAACUCGUUCAUUAACGACAUUUUCGAGAAGCUAGCACAGGAAGCUUCUAGACUCGCAAGGUACAACAAGAAGAACACUCUGUCGUCAAGGGAGAUCCAGACUGCGGUGAGGCUUGUUCUUCCUGGUGAGUUGGCUAAACAUGCUGUUUCUGAAGGUACCAAGGCUGUGACUAAAUUUACUAGCGCUUAGAAUGCCUUCGAUUGUCGGUUUCGUUUUGAAAUUAGGUUUUUGUUGAUCUGGAUUUUGUUAUCUGAUGUAAUUACUGGAAACGAUCUGGUAUUGUUAAGAAAUUAGAAUGUUUGAUUAAUGGAAUAUCAUAGUUGAUCGUCUUACU